GAUAUUUUAUUAUGGUUUUUCAGGAAAUGACAGCUGUCAUUCAUCAAUGAUUUGUAGUUUAUGACACUUUAUUAGCAAUAACUGCCGUCUCGUUAUCUCCCGUCUGCAAGUCCCUGGACUGUGCUACCCCCUGGUGGUGAUGCGAGAUGAGGCCCAUUUCCUGUUAUUAUCCCCAGCGGAAGCUUUGCAGAGUAAGAGCGAGCGCUCGUUAUUCGUGCGCUGUGGCUUCCCGAAGAAACCUCUGGUAUUUGGGUCCUUACGUGCACGGAUUUGCAGGACGUCUGCUUCGAUUUAAUCCUAGCUGGCCGGAAUUGUCAGGGCGAGCCUCGGAGUUUCCUUUCCCUGGGCUGAACUGAGAGAAUGUCCUCGUCUCUCUUCAUAUACUACGGAUACCGACAGUCUUGAUCCGAACAGUGAUCUUUGCUGUGAAUCAACGAAGCUGGGGAUAGAGCUGCGAACGCGACUUAGCAGUCGCGAUGCAUCGGGUGACUCCCUUGGAGGAAAAACAGUGCAAGUCCUGACAUGCCAGAUUUAAAUUUUUUCCCUCACAAUUGUAAACUGAAGCCCAUUACACAGAGGACCUGUUGGCGAAGAAGAAGAUUCACCUCUUCAUAUAGCACAAGACAAUGGAUGAAUGUUCAGCUGGCUUUGAACCCUUCAUUCAUUUUAAAUGGGGCUAGAAAAUUCAAUUGUUUUUAGAGCUUUCAUAGGUCAAGUGCAAAAGACAGCUUAUUCAUAUUUAAGGUAGUUUGUUUCACAACUGAUAAUGAAAUGCAUCAUUUGUGAAAUAAAUUAUCAUUUGGCAUUAGUAUUACAGCUACAGUUUUGCUUUUGUGCAUUGUUGCACAUGUUGUUGCUUGACAGUGUCAUAAUAAAAGAAAAAUUUGCAAGAAGUGAGGCAUGGAAACAGGUUCUUCCUGGUCAAUGAAAUCAAAAUGAGGACUGCCCAAAUUAUUUUUUUCUCCUGAUGAACUGCUGCUGAUCUAUCCCUGGGAGUAAAGUUCAGUUCCGGAAUUCGAUGAAAAUAUUACAGUGUGACGUUCAUGGCAGCUUUUUCUUUGCUUGCUCUGCUUUCUCUAUCUCUUCUUAAAAAAUGGGCUGACAACUAGUUGACUCUUGUCCUGCUCAGAAAUGAGUUCCAGUCUGUUGCGGGGCAAGCAGUUCUACUGCCGGGAGUGGGCGCUUUUAAAACUUCAGCAUUGGCUGGAAACUCGAUCUUCCGGCCGUGUUGCAGGAGUUCUGGUAACAGGAGGGUCAGGUAGUGGAAAAACAGCUUUCUGUACAGAGAUUCUCUGGCCCACUUCUGAGACAGGAAAAAGUGUUCAUCUUGCUUCCCGCUGUUUGGCUUAUCACUUCUGUCAACAAGAAGAUACCAGAACAUUACAUGUGCACAGAUUUAUUCUGGGACUAGUUGAGCAACUUCGUCAGAGUCCAUUAUUGCAAGGGUACAAUGAAAAAUUAGAGGAUCCCUCUGUGCAGGCGGCUUUGGAGCCAAUCCAGUGUGAAAGAGACCCUGAUGAAACCUUUAAAAAAGCUGUAUUGUUACCCUUGUUGGAUCUGACACCUCCAUCACAGAGCCUGUUGCUGCUUGCAGAUUCACUAGAUGCUGGGCCAGUGCCAGGAAAAGGGGAAGGUCAUAUUAUUGGGAAAAGCAGUACAAUUGCAGAGCUGCUUUGUAGCCAUCAGCAGCUGUUUCCAUCAUGGCUACUUCUUGUUUGUUCUGUCCGCCGACAGAAUAAGCCUGUUAGUAAGAUGUUCUCAGGAUUUCGUAAACUAUGUCUGGAUGAUCUACGCAAAGCCCACAUAGUUCGUGAUGUGCAGCAGUACAUACUGUGGAGACUAGACAAGGAAGGAGCACUGCGAAGACACCUGACCCGGGAAACAGCUGACAUGCUGAAUCAGUUGCACAUUAAAAGCAAUGGUUGCUUUUUGUUCCUUGAACGUGUAUUAGAUGGAGUAGCUGACAAUUUUGUUGCAAUUCGUGAGAUUCGAGAUAUUCCUGGAACUUUAAAUGGUCUCUAUCUGUGGUUGUGCCAAAGACUGUUUCCUAGAAAACUCUUCUCUAAAGUACAGCCCUUGUUGAAUGUACUACUAGCUUCUCCACGGCCCUUAAUACUGGAUAAGCUCUUUACAGCAGUGUGGACAAAAGAUACUACACUUACAUUUACUGAUUUUCAGCAUAAGUUAGAAGCACUGUCAAAAUUGCUUGUAGAUGGGCCUUGUGGCUCUAAACUUCUUUUCCAUGGAAGUUUUGCAGAGUGGUUAACAGAUGUCAAAUACUGCACGCAGAAGUACCUGUGUAAUGUGCCAGAUGGUCAUGCGAUGCUAGCAAUGUCUUUAUCACUACGAAGUUUGUGGUUAUCACCAGAAGGUGUGUGUGAACUUGCAUCCCACCUUGUGAAUUCCAAUAUUCAUCAAGAUAACCCAACUCUUCUUGCCUUGUGGAUGGUGUGUAUUGAUGUCCCUCCUUUUUCUAGAACUUCUGACAUUCCAGAGCCAUUUCUUCCAGCUCCCAUUCAGCAGGAGGUACUUCAGUUGCUUGUUAAGGCUGGAGUUUACCCUUCAUCUUCCAACUGUAGUCACAAUUAUACAUUUGAUGUUGGGUGUGCCGCUAGUGGUGGAGUAAUACGAAAGGCAUUGGAGCGGGAGGAUUCUGUUAGAGUUCUUUUGGAAAAUGGGGCCAGUGUGAACCAGGUAGAUCCAGUGGAUGGCCGCACCUUACUGGCCAGUGCAUCUCAUGCAGGUUCUACAGACGUUGUUUCACUCCUUCUGUCCAAAGGAGCAGAUCCUACAAUCCAAGACUACCAAGGACAAACCCCUUUAAUGUUAGCAGCAAGACAGGGACAUGCCCGAGUGCUGCAGUGUCUGUUAGAGUGGGCUCAGAAAGAUGGAAGGAGGUUAGAUCUAGUUGAUCAUGCAGAUCGUGAAGGGUGGACAGCAUUACGUUCUGCUGCAUGGGGAGGACAUGCAGAAGCAGUAAGGAUACUUUUAGAAGCUGGAGCUGAAGUAGAUGGUAGUGAUUCUGAGGGAAGGACAGCCUUGAGAGCUGCAGCUUGGGGUGGACAUGAAGAAAUUCUUCAAACUCUGCUUGACCAUGGUGCCCAAGUAGAUCAUCCAGACAAAGAGGGCCGUACUCCACUAAUUGCAGCAGCCUAUAUGGGUCAUUGGGAAGCUGUUGAAUUGCUGUUGGAUCAUGGUGCUGUAGUUGACUUACAAGAUUCUGAUGGUCGUACUGCACUUUCUGUAGCAGCACUUUGUGUGCCUUCAGCAGCAGGACGUGGUUAUGGAGAAGUAGUAAGCCUAUUAUUAGAACGGGGGGCUGAUCCAGGACAUAAAGAUCAUGAUGGAAUGACUCCAUUGUUACUGGCAGCGUAUGAAGGUCAUGCAGAAGUUGUGGAACUGCUCCUUGAGGCCGGGGCAGAUGUAGAUGAACCUGCAGGACCCCAAGAUGGUGGAGGCAACAGUUGUACUGCUGUAACACCAUUGCUUGCAGCAUCCUCAAUGGGCCACAAGAAUGUAGUAUACACACUUCUCUUUUGGGGUGCAGCUGUUGAUGCAAUUGAUGGUGAAGGCCGCACAGCUCUUAGUCUGGCAGCAGCUCGAGGAAGUGUGGAGGUUGUCAGGAUGUUGUUAGACCGUGGUUUAGAUGAGAAUCACAGGGAUGAUUUGGGAUGGACUCCACUUCAUGCGGGAGCAUGUGAAGGUCAUAGAGGAGUUUGUGCAGCCCUAACAGAAAGAGGUAGUGUGGCUAGAGUCACUGAAUUAGACAACGAAGGUAGAACUCCUCUAAUUUUGGCUGCUCAGGAAGGACACCUGGAUUGUGUAAAGCUUCUUCUAGACCGUCGUUCACUUUUGGAUCAUCGAGGCUAUGAUGGGCGUUCUGCUUUAAGCGCAGCAGCUUUAGAGGGUCAUGCUGAUGUUGUUGAAUUGCUGUUAAAGCGUGGUUCGAAUGCUGAUGUGAAAGAUGCUGAAGGCAGGCCCCUUUUAUAUCUGUUAAUGCUGGAAAGAAUCCUCAGUGUUGCCAAAGUUCUGUUGGAGAAAGAUAAUAUUCCAUUGGAGUCUAAAGAUGCAGAAGGACGGACAGCUUUGCAUGUGUCGUGCUGGCAAGGGCACCUGGAAAGCGUAAACUUGUUAUUGAGUCAUAAAGCAGAUGCUAAUGCUGUAGAUGCAGAGGGACGUCCACCGUUACAUUCUUCAGCUUGGCAAGGCCACGCAGCCGUUGCUCGACUCUUAAUUGAGACGGGGAACGCCAAUGUAGAUCAGGCUUGUUCUCAACAGGGAGCUACAGCAUUAUGUAUUGCUGCCCAGGAAGGUCACACAGAGGUUGUUCAGAUUCUUCUGGAGAAAGGGGCAAAUCCUAAUCAUGCCGACCAUUAUGGGCGUACUCCGAUCAAAGUUGCAGGUAAAAGGGGCAAUAGUAAAAUUGUUAAAAUGCUAGAAAGUUAUGGAGCCCCUACUUAUUGUGGUUUUCUUCCCCCUUCCCCUCUAUCUCAACAAAAGAUAACUUCUACUUUAAGAACUCAGUCUUCAGGAAUCACGUCUACAAGCUCAGGAAGCCCUGGGGGAGCAUCUGUAGAACAUAAACCCCCUCCUUCCCUUCAGCAGUAUCCUCAGGCUACCUCACCUUCAGGUUCUCCUGAAUCCACCACUGAAAGGUCCAAAUCUCUGGUAGUAUCUGAAAACUCUCUUCAGAGUUCAAAGGCAUCAUCUUCUACAUACCACUCUCUCGCCACCGCACACACAGUUCCUGUGGACAGUCUAAGUUUCACCCAGCAAAUCCAGCAACAUUCAUUGCCACGCAGCCGAAGCCGUCAUUCCACUCUGGUGUCCCCAAACUCAACCUUGCUAAGUAAUGGUAUCAAAUCCAAAGGGAACCAAAAAAACGUAGACCUGGGUGCUAUUGUUGCUUCUUCUAGGCAUUGGAUUAAUACACCUCUUUCUAACCUUGGCCUGGAGCAGAUUACCACAGAUGGUAUAAAAAAGAGUCCUACAAAUAAGAUUGGGGUGAUCCCAAGCAGUGUUUCAGAAAAGGUAGAAAGCCCCCAGCAUACUGGAGGAAGAUGGAACUCUGUUAUGGCCUCUUUAGGUGUAACUCCCAAAAAUGACAGUCCUUCACAUCCCUUGAGAACAAGAGAUAGUCCACCUUUGGGGUACCAUUUGUUAACAGAACCUACUCAACAAAAAAAUGGAGAUGAAAUUAACAAGCCAACCAUCACAUCUCCUCUGCCCCCAGCCUGCACUAACACAAGGAGUCCUUCCAGUGCCUUGCUGCCUAAGCCUAUGAUUGCCAUAACAACAUUGGACCCUCAACUAAACCUCAAGCAGGCUAUCAAGCUUCAGUUUGAAGGGCCAACCAGUGCUUUGAACUACAAGAGAGAGACACCACUUUGAGGGUUUAUACAAGUCUGGUGAAGCUAUUUUCGACUUUGGUUCAGUGCUGAAAUGGGGGAUGAUUGUACCAAAUUAUGCUCAUACGUUACUCCAAUAUCAAGGACAAUCAGAAUCUUCUUGUUUACCUUCUUCCCCCUGGCAGAGGGGAGGAAUGUCAGAACCUUGGAUAUCCAUGGGGCUUACACAUGUAGUUUUUCUGAGAGGCGCUUAAAACUUUAUACUGUGUCUCAUGUUUACAUUUCAUUUAUAUCCUUUAUCUCAAGCACAGGGUUCAGCAGUUUCCUGCCAAAAAGCACUGUGCCCCUUUUGUACAGUAAAGGUAUUUAGCCUUAAUUUAACAUGCCGUAUUCAUCCUAACCUAUGAAUGUGGGAUUCACUGUAUAUGCCAUUGUGUGUGUUUAAAAAAUGUGGGGAUAUGACUUGGGUAUUUGGGUGACAGCUUUCAUUUUGCAAAAUAAUCCUGACACAAAAUGUCUUUUGUUUGUACUCUGUUGGUAUAUUUAAGCUUAUUGCCACAUUUAUAAACUUUAAUUUUUGGCUUUUGCAAAUAUUUCAAAAAAAGCAUUAGCAUUAAAAUGACAGUGUCAGAAUGGAGGCUUAAAUAAUCUGCCAGCAAACUGUGAAAGCAGACCAGGAAAACUUUAUAUGAAAGAUUGACCUAAAUUUAUCAUGCACAGAAUGCAUAAAAGUGAUUGCAUAAUGAAUGUUUCAUAAGAAACAAUAAUUUGCUUCUCCUGUAGCAUUAUAAAAAUUUAUAUUGUGCAAAAAGAAGAGUGACCUAAAUCCUGGUGAGUGUGCUGCUGGUGUCCAUUUUACAGUCAUAAUAUUACAGUAUGUUGCAUUAAUAUUGUAAGUAAAAGCACCAGAUCCUGUUAUCCUGUAUUGCACUUACAUCUGCUUCAGCCCUUUGUCAUUGCUAUGGGCUGAAUAAGCAGAAGCCUUAUUAGACAGUAAUGCAUUAUGGUCUGUAUAACAAGUAUCGAGUGACUUCAGCAGUGAAAGCAGUGAAUAUAGCCUUGAGAGAGAGAGAGACAUUUUUUUGUCCCCAUUGUGGCAAGACUUAAAUGUAGACCUAAAGUACUUUGUUUUUUUGCAUGACAGUUAUUUGCAUUAAAUUAUACUGUAUAUCCCCUGCAUUGUAAGGCUGACUGCUUGAAUUCAGUUUGCACGCACUGAAAACAUCUGCUUGGUGCACAGAUAUUUUAGGUUAAUAUGGACUGCACAAUUAUUACUUCAUGAGAGGGAAAAAUUAUUUUUAAAAAAGAAUAAAAUAUUUUAAGUAGAAAACAUAAUAGACAAUAUAAUGAAGCAAUCCAAUAUACUGUAAUCGGAAUUAUGAUUUUUUUUUUUUUUUGGUCUCUCUUCAUUACCCAAGUAAACUAAACAUUUUAAAUCCUUAUGGCUAAGUGGGCGGAGACUAUUGUGUUCAUCUUGUUUAUGACAAAUAAGAUUGUCACAAAUGCUCAUGUAGAGUGAUUACUAAAUGCACAUUCAAUAAGUUAUUUUCUGGCACAAUUCUAUUAUUUGCACCAUAUGUAAGAUUGUAUAUAAUAAAGUAAUGGCUGGCCUUAAACUGUAAUGUUGUAAAAUUAAUGUUCAUCAAGUAUGUGAGCACUAACUUAAAUAUAUUUAUGUUAAUUUUUUAUACAUGCAUUCCGAUAAGUGCUUGGAUAUGAUUGUAGCAAGAUAAUCCUUUUCAUUUAUCCUUACUGUAUUAGAAUUUAUACAUUAGGGUCUGUCAAAUCCUUUUUCCUGUCAGUGUGGUGUAGGGAAAUGGAACAUCCUCUGAUUAUAGUUAUUUCAUAUUUCUUUUGGUUAAUGGAAAUGUUUGUUGUUUACCCUUCUAAGUACAAGAUUGUAUGAACAUUUUAUUGCACUUUAUUCAGGGUUAAAUUCAAGACAAAUUUGUGUGCCUUUUAAGGUGUAUUUCUACUUAUUGAUUGAAUGAUACUUGAUCUUUUUAUUAUUAAUAUUUCUUUGUUACCAUUUUUAUGUACCUUUUUGCCGCCAGAUGUUUAUUUUAUUAUUUGGUUUUGUGUUACUUUCCCCUUAGUAGUCUUAGCUUGAAUAUCUGAGACACUUGGUGAUUUAAAAACAAAAAAAAAUGCAAUGAGAGAAUGAGGAUGAGAGAACAAUUUGGUUAAAUGGAUAAUAAACUUUAUAUGUUAAA